GCUGGAAGUGUGAGUGAUGUCAGGAGAUCACUGCCGUCUGUUUGACAGAUCAAAUUGUUUAGUCCGUGUCUCUGUGCGCCUGCUUCGUACCGGGGGUCUGGAUUUCCUCGUUCUGGAUGCUAUAAAUAGACUCCUGGAAGUCGUCGCUCAGAAUAAUUAGAGUUUGACCCGAGCUCCCUGAUUAACGGGGACCGUUCCUGAAUUCAGAAGGUCCGUCUGACCCGGGCGAGUAUCCCGAGCCCCGGACAACUGCGCUGGCUGCUCUGCGGUGGAGCGAUAACAGCACGCUCGCCUUUCUGGCUUUAAGCCUCUUAUUCUGUGAAGAGACGCAGCGUAGCAGGCAGCGCAAUGAUGAAACGGAGGAAAGAGAGACUUGGAGCCCCAUCUCUGCGGAUCCAAAUCUCCUCUCCUCUGUGCUCCCACUGCCGAGGAAGUGAUGUUCAUCACAACAUGUUCUCUCCUACAUCCGCUCCAGGUCUGCAGCACCUUAAGUUCCCAUUUAGUGCUGAUUGUGCUCUCGCUGCUUCUCCUCUAGUUUUUUACCUGAACCCACAACCCCAGAGCAACCCUGCUAGUCCCUGCUACAGCAACCCGCUCCAGUGGAGCUGUCGCACAAGCAACAGGAAGAGUCUGAUUGUAACGUCCAGCACCUCUCCAACGCUGCCGCGACCCCACUCCCCUCUCCAUGGGCAUACAGGUAGCAGCCCGUUGGACAGUCCCAGGAAUUUCUCUCCAAAUGCACCUGCUCAUUUUUCCUUUGUGCCGGCUCGCAGCCAUGGACACAGAGCAGACAGAACGGACGGGCGUCGCUGGUCCCUGGCCUCCCUGCCUUCAUCCGGGUACGGGACAAACACCCCCAGCUCAACCGUCUCCUCAUCAUGCUCAUCCCAGGAGAAGCUGCACCAGCUGCCCUUUCAGCCAACGGCCGAUGAGCUUCAUUUCCUGACAAAGCAUUUCAGCACCGAGAGCAUCACUGACGAGGAAGGGCGUCACUCCCCAGCCAUGAGGCCCCGAUCCCGCAGUCUCAGCCCUGGUCGCUCUCCAAUUUCCUUUGACAGUGAAAUAAUAAUGAUGAAUCAUGUGUACAAAGAAAGGUUUCCAAAGGCCACGGCACAGAUGGAGGAACGGCUGGCUGAGUUUAUUGCUUCUAAUGCUCCUGAGAAUGUGCUGCAAUUAGCAGAUGGGGUCUUAAGCUUCAUUCAUCAUCAAGUCAUUGAGCUAGCCAGAGACUGCCUGGAUAAAUCACGUGACGGACUUAUUACUUCCCGGUACUUUUAUGAACUUCAGGAAAACUUAGAGAAACUCCUACAGGAUGCCCACGAGCGCUCGGAGAGCUCAGAGGUCGCUUUUGUUACCCAGCUUGUGAAAAAGCUGAUGAUCAUCAUCGCACGACCAGCUCGACUGCUCGAGUGCCUGGAGUUUGACCCUGAAGAGUUCUAUCAUCUGUUGGAAGCUGCUGAAGGCCAUGCCAAGGAAGGGCAAGGAAUUAAGUGCGACAUCCCCCGUUACAUUAUCAGCCAGCUGGGCCUUACCCGGGAUCCCCUGGAGGAAAUGGCCCAGCUGAAUAGCUAUGAUAGUCCAGAUACUCCGGAGACAGACGAUUCGGUUGAGAGCCGUGGGGCCUCUGUGCAGUCAAAGAAAACUCCCUCUGAAGAGGAGUUUGAAACUAUUAAACUAAUCAGCAAUGGAGCUUAUGGUGCGGUGUAUCUGGUGCGGCACAAAACCACCCGCCAGCGCUUUGCCAUGAAGAAGAUCAACAAGCAGAACCUCAUUUUGAGAAACCAGAUCCAGCAGGCCUUUGUGGAGAGAGACAUCCUGACCUUUGCCGAGAACCCCUUUGUAGUCGGCAUGUUCUGCUCCUUCGAGACCAAGCGUCACCUCUGCAUGGUUAUGGAGUAUGUGGAAGGAGGUGAUUGUGCUACGCUCCUGAAGAAUAUUGGGGCCCUUCCUGUUGAUAUGGCCCGGAUGUAUUUUGCUGAGACCGUGCUGGCCUUGGAGUAUCUGCAUAACUAUGGAAUUGUUCACCGUGACCUGAAACCUGACAAUCUUCUGAUAACAUCCAUGGGUCACAUUAAACUAACAGAUUUUGGACUUUCUAAAAUUGGGCUAAUGAGUCUCACGACUAACCUGUAUGAGGGACACAUUGAAAAAGAUGCCAGAGAGUUCCUGGAUAAGCAGGUGUGUGGGACUCCAGAAUACAUUGCCCCAGAAGUGAUCUUGCGACAGGGUUAUGGAAAGCCUGUGGAUUGGUGGGCCAUGGGGAUUAUCCUCUACGAGUUUUUAGUUGGCUGCGUCCCUUUCUUUGGUGAUACACCAGAAGAGCUGUUUGGACAAGUGAUCAGUGAUGAAAUUGCUUGGCCGGAUGGGGAUGAAGCAUUGCCACCAGAUGCACAGGACCUCAUUUCCAAACUUCUUUGCCAAAACCCCCUGGAGAGAAUGGGAACAGGUAGUGCCUUGGAAGUGAAACAGCACCGGUUCUUUAAGGAUCUGGACUGGAAUGGAUUACUUCGGCAGAAAGCAGAGUUCAUUCCCCAGCUGGAAUCUGAGGAUGACACCAGUUACUUUGACACCCGCUCGGACCGGUACCACCACCUCGACUCAGAAGACGAGGAAGACACAAAUGAUGAUGAUCAUGUGGAAAUUCGGCAGUUUUCCUCUUGCUCGCCGAGGUUCAGUAAGGUGUAUAGCAGCAUGGAACGUCUUUCCAUCCACGAGGAGAGGAAAACUCCACCUCCUACUAAGCGGAGCCUGAGCGAGGAAAAAGACGACCGACUAGACAGUCUCAGCGGCCUGAAAAGUCGGGACCGCAGCUGGGUGAUUGGAUCUCCUGAAAUACUGCGUAAGCGCCUGUCCGUGUCCGAGUCUUCACACACAGAAAGCGACUCCAGUCCACCUCUUACGGUUCGUCGACGCUGCUCAGGACUUCUUGACAUGCCCCGAUUUGCCAUCUCGGCCGAGGAAGAUGGAAGUGCCUCCAAAAAGCAACAGUCGGAUGCAGUGUUGCUGUCUACGGUCCAGUCCCGUGAGGGGCACCCGCUGCCAAUCCCUGAGCAACCCGUGGAGCAGGAGCUGCAGCUGGACGGGGACCCUGGACCGACGACAACGCUCUCAUCAGCUGUCAGCAGCAACAGCAGCUCAACAUUGACAGCUGGGAGCACUGCAGAUACCUCUGAUCAGCACUCUCGUGGCAACAGCAACGAGGGCCCGGAUUUCACCACUCCAAAAGCCAUCAGCGACUUGGCAGUACGGCGGGCGCGGCAUCGGCUGCUCUCGGGGGAAUCAGGGGAGAAACGUGCCUCCAAACCUGUCAACAAAGUGAUUAAAUCAGCAUCAGCUACUGCCCUCUCCCUCCUGAUUCCUUCUGGAGCAAUUCUAGCUUUGUGCCUUCUCGUCCCCGAUGCAGAGAGUCUAGGUCUUGCUGUAGGUUUCAGGACCUUUUCUGUUCCUGCCAACUUGAAGAAUAGCACAUCCCAAGAAUUUACAGGGAGGCCUUCAGAGCCAGGUUGCCUGCCCAGCAGAAUAUGCUUUCCUGUCUCAAUGAGAGCUCUGGAGACAGAUCACCACACUUGUUCCCCAUUGGCCAGCCCAAUGUCACCUCAUUCUCUGUCCUCGAACCCGUCUUCGAGGGACUCUUCACCAAGCCGAGACUUUUCUCCUGCCAUUGCAAACCCGAAGCCACCAAUCAUCAUCCAUCGGGCUGGGAAAAAAUACGGCUUCACUCUGCGCGCUAUUCGCGUCUACAUGGGAGACAGCGACGUCUACACUGUGCACCACAUGGUCUGGCAUGUGGAAGAAGGAGGCCCGGCCAGCGAAGCAGGUCUGCGGGAAGGUGAUCUGAUAACUCACGUCAACGGGGAGCCUGUCAACGGCCUAGUGCAUACGGAAGUGGUGGAGCUGAUCCUGAAGAGUGGAAACAAGGUGUCUAUCUCUACCACCCCCUUUGAGAACACAUCCAUCAAAGUCGGGCCAGCUCGAAAGGCCAGCUACAAAUCCAAAAUGGCGCGUAGGAACAAGAAGAGCAAAACCAAAGAAGGGCAGGAAAGCAAGAAGAAGAGUUCGUUGUUCAGGAAGAUCACGAAGCAGGCUUCGCUGCUGCACACCAGCCGCAGUUUAUCUUCACUCAACCGCUCUCUGUCUUCCGGAGAAAGUGUUCCUGGUUCUCCGACUCAUAACCUGUCUCCUCGGUCACCCACGCAGAGCUACAGAUCUACUCCAGAGUCUGUUCAUUCAGUUGGUGGAAAUUCUUCCCAGAGCAGCUCUCCUGGCUCCAGUGUCCCCAACUCACCAGCCAGCUCCGGGCACAUCCGGCCUAGUUCUCUGCAUGGGCUAGCACCGAAGCUUCAGCGACAGUACAGAUCACCAAGGCGUAAAUCGGCAGGAAAUAUCCCCCUCUCGCCACUGGCUCACACUCCGUCACCGACCCCGCAGUCCACAUCGCCCCAGCGCUCUCCUUCUCCUUUGCCUGGGCAUUCAGUUGGCAGCUCCAGUAUUAUUCAGUCCUUUCCUGUAAAGCUACACUCCUCCCCACCACUGGUGAGGCAGAUUUCCAGACCCAAAAGUGCCGAGCCCCCCCGUUCUCCUCUCCUGAAGAGAGUCCAGUCUGCUGAGAAGCUGGCUGCUUCUCUGUCCUCCUCUGAAAAGAAGCUGGCUUCCUCUCGCAAGCACAGCUUAGAUAUCUCCCACUCUGAAUUUAAGAAGGAGAUGCUGCAGCGCGAUCCCAGCCUCCAGAGUUUACAGGAAUCGAUGAAUGAAACAACAGGAGGCAAAGUGGGGCUCGCAGAGAAAGGCAUGUUGCAAAAGCCAACUUCCAGGAAGCUGGGUGCUAUUCGACAAGACAGGGUGGAGAGAAGAGAGUCUCUUCAAAAGCAGGAGGCCAUUAGGGAAGUCGAUUCUUCCGAGGAUGAAACUGAUGAUGGUUCGGAGGACAGCCAAGAUGGGAGAAGGUUGGAUAGGCCUCCCGGCAGCGACAAUCAGGGCUCCGAUUCUUUUAAUGGUGAUAAGUUUCCUUCUAAAUUGGAAAGCAAAGAUAGUAUUGAGGAUGAUGCUUUUCUGCCCGAGGAUCCAAAAGGUGCAGAGGACUCGCAGAGCGUAACCGGUCAGCAGCCCCCGGCUGCCUCGGAGAUGCUGCAGAGCGGUCACCAGUCACCACCUGAGAGUCUCUCAGGGACUGCUCCAGGAAAACCUAGCAGCAUCGAGAAGCCACUGCGAGCGCCAGGAGCAGCAGCAAAAGAGUAUGAGAUGGCAGACAGCAAAGCUCUUGAGCCUGGCAGCCAAGGAGAUGCCUCUUAUGAGGGAAUCAAAGACUCUGGGAAAACUGUGAGUGUUCAGAAAAGUCCAGAUCGCACAGAAUAUACCACAUGCCCAUCCGCAAAACUCCUUCAGUUGGAACAAGGCAACUCUUCGGGUGCCUCCUGCAGUAACGAUGGCCUGAAGGAGUGUCUUCUGACAGAAGCGAGUCCAAAAAAGCAGGAUUCGAAACCUUCAUUAGCACUUUCUCCUUGUUGCACAACGGGUAUAACCUCUCCUCUCUUGCUAAGCCAAAUGGACUGCAAAGAGAAAAGUCCUAAGCAGGAACUUCACCCUGUAGAACAAAGCAACAGGCUUCAGCACCUGGAAAAUAUCAGCGAACCCACCCGCAAAAGCCCCAGCGCUGAAAAGCAGCAAAGCUCAUCCCACGUAGAGAGCGCUCCGAAAAGCAAGACCCCACCGGCAACGAGUACAGCGAGUCCAAGUAGUUCAGCAAGUGCUGCACCUUCAACUCCCCACAUCCCAAGUGCCGGCGAAAAGGCUCUGCCGGUGUCUCAGUUGAUCCCUGUAGCUCAAAGUGUGUUGGGUCCAGUAAAGCUCAGCCUGGCUGGUACAAGGGAGCUGGAGAAGAGAAAGGAGCUUUCCCAGGUGGACCUGUCUUGUAAGGGGGAGAAAGAGCCAAAACAGAGGCGGCAGGAAACCCUCCAGGGGAGCCCAUGUCAAGAGAAAGCCCAGCCUGCCACGGACAGCCUUCCUCGCACGUGCAGGCACUGCACACAGCCCACCAAGCCGGCAAAGUCUUGGGAGCCAGAGUGUCUGCCACCCGCGAGGAAGGAGCCCAGCGUGGGCAGCCGUAAGACACCGGAGGCCUCGGGGGACACCUGGAAAAUGUCCCCAUUGAAGGAUCUGCCACGUGCUCCCGGAAAACAGGUUCUUCGGGCCUCCCCUUUACCAGAUGGCAGCGCCAAGCCUUGCCAAGAGGAGACUCUGCUGCAGGGGAGCCGCAAAGAGGCUGGAGGUCAAUUAAAACCACAAGACUUCCCCUUGUCUCGCGACGGUGCUGUCAGGAAAACAUAGCAGCGUUCCCGGGCUCCGGGGACUCGAGCGUUCUCCGCUGGGAAACCGAGACUGUGUGUCUGAAAUUGUAUGAUACACUAAUAUAAAAUAGAACUUG